CCGCCACAGCUUCUAUGGACCGCGCGGUAGGUCGGCAGCCCCGUUUCGCCUCCCCCCAGAGAGCUGCGACCAGACAGAGCCCGAGAAACACGCCCGAACACACCUAACCCGUCCGGGGCAGCGUGCGGGACUUCGGGAAACCAAACCGACACACCCCACCCCUCCUGAUGGCGACCGCCGACGGACCGACGUACCCGCGGGUGGGAGCCGAGCUCGGGGAGAGCGCGUCGCUCCACGACGGCCCGGAGAAGCUGAGCUCCUCCGCCGUCAACCGCAUUAUGAUGGAGCUCCUGGCGUACUUCGGCAGGGCCGUCUUCAUCCUCUACCCCGUGUAUCUGACCGGGUACCUGGGCUUCAGCGUCAGCUGGGUGCUGCUCUGCAUGGUGAUGGCCACCUGGUGGAAGACCAAUCGCCAGAGGAAAGACGCCCGCUUUGGGACCGCCAUCGACUUCGUGGACAACGAGACCCACGUGGUGAACCAGGAGCUGCGGAGUGCCCUGAAAAUGGCAACGUGGGUCCAUUUUCCUGAUGUUGAGAAAGUCGACUGGGUCAACAAGGUGUUGCAGCAGGCCUGGCCUUUCUUUGGGAUGUACAUGGAGAAGCUCCUCAAGGAAAACAUCCAGCCGGCCAUCAGGGCCUCCAGCCCCGCGCUCAAGAUGUUCACGUUCACCAAAGUCCACUUCGGGAACACACCUCUCCGGAUCACCGGGAUGAAAGUAUACACGCACGAAGUGGAUCAAAGGGAGGUGGUUCUGGACCUGAACAUUAGUUACGACGGUGACGUGGACAUCGACGCUGAGGUGAAGCCGCCGAUCACAGCCGGCAUCAAGGGACUUCAGCUCAAGGGAAUGAUACGGGUCAUUCUGGAGCCUCUUAUUGGUCAAGCACCGCUGGUUGGAGGAGUGACCUUCUUUUUCAUCCGCCGCCCUACCCUACAAAUCAACUGGACUGGCAUGACCAACCUCUUGGACAGCCCUGCCUUCAGCUCGCUGUCUGAGGGCACCAUCAUGGACAUCAUAGCCUCGCUCAUGGUGUUGCCCAACCGCAUGUGUGUGCCCCUCAUAGACCAGGUCAAAGUGGACCAGAUGAGGUUCCCACUACCUCGAGGUGUGGUGAGGGUCCACCUGCUGGAGGCCAGAGACCUGUUGGCGAAGGACACGUUCAUGAUGGGUUUAGUGAAGGGCAAAUCGGACCCCUACGCAACACUCUGCGUGGGCAACCGACACUUCAAAAGCAAGACCGUCAAAGAGAACUUGAACCCCAAGUGGAACGAAGUGUAUGAGUUCGUGGUCCACGAAGCCCCGGGGCAAGAGUUGGAGGUGGAGAUCUACGACGAGGACACGGAUAGAGACGACCUCCUUGGAGUGUAUAACCUUGAUUUGGGAGAUGUGAAGAGGGAAAUAGAAAUGGAUCAGUGGUUUCCUCUGGAAGGAGUCCAGAAUGGCGACGUCCAUCUCAAGCUCCAGUGGUUUUCCCUCAAGACCGACCCCAGCCUGCUGAUGAAGUCUAUAGAUGGCCUUGCUUGUGCUAUGCUGUCAGUGUAUCUGGACAAUGCCUCAAACCUACCAAAAGACCACCACGAGAUCGCCGAGCUUCAGAAACACGGGAAGGCUUCAAAGGAAGUUCGGCUCACGAAAAAGAAAACUGCCUGCCCAGAUUCCUUUGUGGAAUUAUCCGUUGAUAAAGAUGUUCAGAAAAGCAAGGUUGCGUUUGCAUCCACAGACCCGCUGUGGGAGCAGGGCUUCACCUUCUUUGUGCAUGAUGUCAAAACACAGCACCUCGUGGUUCAGGUCAAAGUGAACGAGAAGAAGACUGAGCUCGGUGUUCUCAACUUGCCUCUGAGUCGCCUCCUCAACAUCUCCGACAUGACUCUAGACCAGCGCUUCCCGCUGGAGCGCUCCGGAGCAAACAGCCACAUCAAGCUGAAAGCCAUUCUCCGGAUUCUUUCUGUUGAAAGGCCUCCACCCAAGAUUAUCCUCAAGCCUCCUCCAGAAGACAAACACCAUGGAUCGCAGACUAACCAAGGAGGCCACGCCCCUGCCGCCACUCCCUCCGCCAAUACGGCCUCCUCUCCAGCGCUUUCCUCCAACACCGGCCCCGCGCACGCCUUGUCCGCGCCGCGGCUGGCUGAUAACCAGAAUGGCGCCGACGAAGCAUGGCAGUCGCCUUCCUCCCUGUCGCACAUGCGUCGGUUCGACUCCCACAGCCUGCUGUCGGAGAACUCCAUCGCGUCGUCCCGCUUCGACCUUUCCGAGGGGGCCUCGUUUCCAGAGGUCAUUAGGAACCAUCAAGGUUCCUUUGGAGAGAUCCAGCUGACGGUACGCUAUGCCAGCCUGAGGAACAAACUCAUCGUCCUGGUUAACUCCUGCAGGAACAUAUUCCGCUUCAGCGACAAUGGCACAGACUCUUAUGUCCGCCUGUAUUUGCUCCCUGACCAAUCCUGGAUACACCGCAAGAGGACACAUGUCAAGAAGAGGACGAUCAAUCCCGUCUUCGAUCAAAAGUUUGAAUUUGAUGCGUCACUUCAUGAAGCACAAACCAGGACGUUGGAUGUGGCGUUGAAAAAUGGAAAAAUGUUCCAUUCACGGGAUAGAAAGGACAUUGGCAUGGUGAUGGUCGAUCUUUCACAGUUGGAUGUUGUCAAAGGCGUCACAGAAUGGUAUGAGCUCACACUGCCUGGACUGAAGAAAUCCAGCUAGCGGCUAGAGCCGUACAACUCCUGCUUGUAGUUCUAAGAGCAGCUCCUCAGCCACUGCAAGGCCAACAGUUGGCCUGGUGUAUGUCGGUAUUCCUUUAUUUUCUUUAACAUUGAGUUGGGUUUUCCAAAUGCUUCACUACACACAUCUCAGACACUGGACAUGUUUUCUGCUGUAUGCUCACAGGCAUAUAUGGUAAUAUUAUAAUUGGAGUGGUUAGUGCAUCUAGGACAACUUGUAGGUUUCCACUAUGAUGUAAAAUAAAUACAAUAAUUCUGCUCUGAAUGAUCUGGAACAGAGCUGACGGAAGAGCAUGCAAGACUUUUAAACAUGCUUUGUUAACCCAGAUAAUUUGAUUAUUAGCAGGGUUGCAAUUGUAUGUAAAUAGAAUGUAAUUCACCAGAACAUGUUGGUAUUUAUACUCUAUGAAGAAACAAGGCAAUUUCUUUAAUUAUUAUUUUUGCGAGUGUUUUUUCUUCUUCUAGUUGACCUGAGCCAAAGUUAUUUUUUUAAUAAUCGAGUGUAAAUACUUGUAUUGAUAGUUUUAUGUAAUAUUUUAUUGUAGGGGAAAUAAUUGAAACCGCAAGUGUGUUUUGCUGCAGCAAUUUAGGAGAGUCAUUGCAUAUUGAGGAAGGAUUACAUGUUUUACAUAUACUGUACAUAUUCACAGCUUGGAAGAAGCCAAAUGCAACGUGAGUUCUCUGUGUGGCAGCUUCGCAGUUCCACUGAAGCUGUCGGUUCAUUAGAAGGGAAACGGCCUCCAAGCAAGGCACAUGAGAAACGAUGUUCUUUCGUCGAGGGCACCAUGCCCAUUGUUACUGAAGGAGUAUGUCUUUUACACCUAACCCUCAGAUUUACCACCUGGUAUUUUGGUGAUCUUCAACUUUAUAUAUAAAAUGACUGUUACACUUUCCAACUUUACAGCUUUCUGCAUUUAUGUAGAAUGUCUUAAAAAGACAUGCCAAUUCAUUAAGACAGUCACAUUUCACCAGAUUUAGUGACAACUACCAUCACAAUAUAUUUUGUUGGCCUAUAUUCUAAAUGUGUCAUUUGUUUGUGGGAGUCAUCUAAGCUAUACAUUUUGUUAUUUUGCUAAUUGCACAAAAUUGAGCCAAUAAUUUGGUCUCGACUCGUGGUGAGCUGCUUUUCUGUUGUCUAUUUUAAAUUAUUCAGUUGCUGGAGAAUGAAUGGAAAGUGUUCAGUGUCUGGUUUUGUUGAAUUGACACUGACUGUGCUAUUUGUUUUUAGCCAACAUUUUGAUGGUAAAUAAACAUCUUCAAAAACA